UGGCGGCACGUGCAGGAGGGGAGCGGUGCGCGCGCACGCAGCUGUCAGAGCAGCCGCGAUAGGAAAUGCAGCCGAAGCCUGGAAGUGACAGAUCCCAGCGCAGUCUUGAGAAGCGGUGCGAUCCGGAAAGGGCAGAGUGAGUAAAACACACAACACAACGCUGAAAACAAAAUCUGCCACGACUGAACAAUCGCGACCAUCUUUUGUGAUCGACUGAAAUAGUUUCCGCCUAGUUCGAUAGCUAGCUAAAGCUAACGAUGCUCGGCCAGAGUCAUGAUAUAUAGCUAGCGGUGGCUAGCUAAGCUAGCUAGCGGCUGGCGAGAUUGGCAGACAUCUCGCGCUGUCCUUUCUCGUCCUCUCCUCUGUCAUUCACUGGCGGAAGGUGGAUCGGUGACUGGAGCUGUGGAGGGGGCGGCAGGGAUAUUAACCCCCUGGACACUCAGGUGGAUAUAGCACACUGUACACCCGAUUGUGGAUUUGUCUUUUCCUCCUGCCUGUUGCUCACACAGUGACUGAAAGGAGGGGCCAUGACUGAGAUUUCUGCCCUCACGCCCUCGCCCCCAGGACUGGGGGACCCCCACUCCUCCCCGCCUCUGCUGCCCCCGUCGACGCCCCCGCCAACGCCCCCUCCUCAUCCCGCCGCACCCGCGGACGCCCCGAAACAAGCCCCGGUCCCCAAAUCCACCCUGUACGGAGAUCCGGCCGUGAUGCCACGAGCUGCGGUUAGAGAGAACCCCGCAGGACGAGGAUCUCCCUCGACCCCGGCCGAAACAGCGGCACCGCCGCCGCCGCCGCCGACCGCGAACAGCGCCGUGCCGCCUUGCGAAGGCCAGGGGUCCCCCUCCCCCGAUCUUAAGGCUGGCCCCAACCUCUACCCGAGCGUCAGCGUACACCAGCCGUCCGAUCCCGACGCCGAACGCCGCCCCCCCGGCACGCCCCCCCGGCCCCUACCUGCGGACGUCGCCCCGGCGACCGCCGCCGCGGCCGAGGCGCCAAAAGCGCCCGACCCCCACUCGCCGCAGCCCCUCGCCUCCCGGGCCCCGUGGUCCCCGGACCCGGGGGCCCCCGGCACCCCGAGGGCCGAGCCGCGCUGCCCCCCCGUGCUGGUGGUCCAGGAGCCGGCCCCCGCCGCCCCCCUGUUCAACCCCCAGCGCCAGCCCGCGCCGGACACGCUGAGCUACCUGGAGUCGGCCAGCAUGAUGUCGGGCAGUCGGAUGUCGCUGUCGGGCCUGGGCGACGACAGCAGCUCGAUGGGCUCCGACUCGGAGCUCAACGGGGCGGUGCUGAAGCGCACGGAUAAGUACGGCUUCCUGGGCGGGACGCAGUACACCGACGGCAGCGAUAAAGAGGCCAGGGUGGACGUGGCGAGACAGAGAGAAAUGAAGUGGCUGGAGAUGUUCAACAAUUGGGACAAAUGGGUCUCCAGACGCUUCCAGAAGGUGAAGCUGCGUUGUAGGAAAGGCAUCCCCUCCUCCCUCAGAGCCAGAGCCUGGCAGCUGCUCUCCAACAGCAUAGAGCUCCUGGAGUCCAACCAGGGCAAGUUCGAGGAGCUGGAGCGGGACCAGGGAGACCCCAAGUGGCUGGACAUCAUUGAGAAGGACUUGCACAGACAGUUCCCCUUCCAUGAGAUGUUUGCUGCUCGUGGUGGGCAUGGGCAGCAGGACCUGUUCCGGAUCCUGAAGGCGUACACGGUGUACCGGCCUGAUGAGGGGUACUGCCAGGCACAGGCUCCGGUGGCGGCGGUCCUGCUCAUGCACAUGCCCGCGGAGCAAGCGUUCUGGUGUCUGGUGCAGAUCUGUGAGAAAUAUCUACCUGGGUACUACAGCGCUGGCCUGGAGGCCAUCCAGCUGGACGGGGAGAUCUUCUUCGCCCUGCUGCGGAGGGUCUGCCCCAUGGCCUACCGCCACCUGAAGAAGUUCAAGAUCGACCCCAUCCUGUACAUGACGGAGUGGUUCAUGUGCAUCUUCUCCCGCACCCUGCCCUGGUCCUGCGUUCUCCGCGUCUGGGACAUGUUCUUCUGCGAAGGUGUGAAGGUGGUGUUCCGGGUGGGGCUGGUGCUGCUGAAGCUGACGCUGGGAUCAGUAGACAAGCUGAAGGAGCUGCAGGGGAUGUAUGAGACCAUGGAGAAGCUGAGGAACAUCCCUCCAGAGAGUGUCCGUGAAGAUGUCCUCAUAACAGAGGUGAGCACUCUGCCGGUGACGGAGGCCCUGAUCGAGCGGGAGAGCGGCAUCCAGCUGCGGAAGUGGCGGGAGUCGCGCGGGGAGCUGAGCCACCCGCCGGGCCGGCGGCUGCACGGGACGCGCGCCAUCCACGAGCUGAAGCGCCGCUCGGACGCCAUCCGCUCCGGCGGCAGCUUCUCCUUCCUGGGGGGGCCCGCGCCGGCCCCCGGCCCCCUCCGCGUCUCCUCCAGCCUCCUCUCCCUCCCGGGCUUCCGCAAGUCCAGGGCCCCCUUCCAGGUCCCCGCCAAGAGACUCCCGUCCUUCUCCUCGGAGGCCCAUCCCGGGUUCCAGCCGGGGGGGCAGGGCCCCUCCCAGAACCUGGCCCGAAAGCCCCCCUCCGGCCUCCCGCCCCCCCGGGCCCAGGCCCAGCCCCAGCCCCAGCCCUGCAGCGACCCCCCGCCGGAGAGCGCCCCGGCCCCCGGACCCGCCGCGGCUAAAGCCCCGGCCCCGCCCCAAACCCUGUCCCCCCUUCCCAAAAUCGUCUCGGAGCAGAUCACCCCGACCAUUCCGUCCCCCACCGCCAACAACACCCCGCUGCCCCCCUCCCUGCCCGUGGGCAAAGGGGCACCCGCAGCGGCGGCCACGCCGACGGCGACGGGAGGAGGAGGAGAGGAAGAGGGGAAGAAGAAGAAGAGGAGCAAAGAGGACAAGAAGAAAGAGAAGGAGGAGGAGAAACACAAGGCCCGAGAGCGCAAGGAGAAGGACAGAGCGGAGAAGGACCGGCAGAAGAAGGAGAAGGACAAGAAGAAGGAGAAAGGGGGGAAGAAGAAGGAGAAGGAGAAAGAGAAGGGGGGAGGAGGAGGAGGAGGAGGAGGAGGGGGCGACCCAGAGGAGAAGAGUGGAGCCGCAGCACCAGGAGAUUUGGCCUAAUUUCACAGAGACCGUCAGGCUAGCCUAAUUUCAGAGUGCAUUAGGCAGGCCUAAUUUCACAGAGACCGUCAGGCUAGCCUAAUUUCAUAGAAAGCAUUAGGCAAGUCUAAUUUCACAAGGAGUUUUAGGCAAGACUUGUCCCGUAUUGCUGCGGAGAGAGAGGAGGAAGAGGAAGAGAAAGCAGGCCAGCGGAACUAAAGAACCUGAGAGGGAGGG